GCCGAUGAGACGCGACGGGCUACUCACAGCCCUCCCUGCCGUUUCCAUAGCCAGCAUUACUAACGCGAGUGUAUCGCCGCCCUUCGAGUAAUCCGCGUGCAGCUACAUCCGGUCAACCCCGUCGAAAUAUAGUCCAAUUGAGAGACGGCGAGUCUCGAUCCCGAACGAACACGAUCCAACAGAGUUCCAACUCGAGCGUCCCAACCCGAGCGCAACUGCGUGCCCUCAUCGCACCGCGUUGUUUCCCGGUCAGGCGGUCUUACAUGGCGCUUGCCAGGUAGCCGACCCUUCCUCCACGCCUGCCGCCCCGCAAACAUGGCGACGCCGACGCCCAUGAAGCAUGCGCCCUCGCAGCAGGGCAGGACACCAUCGGGAACGCAACACGGUGUAGCGGCCACCCCGCCCGUUUCGACGCCCUUUUCCGCCGCCUUCUCGCCCCACGGGCCCAAAUCGUCACCGCAGCACGUCAGGAGAUCGCCGGCCACGAGCACUACGCUGAUGGGCCACCCGAGCAACAGCAAUGCCCCCGUCACGUUCGACAGCCCGACGGCCGCCGCUCUAGGCGCGCUCGGAAUAGGAAACGGGCUCGACAUCGGCAGCCUGGAUAAUGUUGGGGUUGUGGGUGGUUUGGAUGGCCUGGGGGGCAUGGCUACGCGGGACGACGACGACGAAAAGAUUAGGCGCCUUCAUCGGAUAUUGAGCAUACUCAAGGAGAGCAAGGGCCGGGUGAGUGACGCGGGACUGGAGCGUCUGGUGAGGAGUGUUGGGCUCGAGUUCCUGUGGGAGGAGGGCGGAGGCAGCGACAAGUCGAAAACUCUCAUCAUAGCAGGGUCAGCAUUGUCCAUCGACAUUGUCAUGGCAAACAACAUCGUCGAAAAGGUCACGCUCUCGUUUCCGGACUCAUCCGACGUCGUCUCGCGGCACGUGGAGCAGGCCGGCCGGAUCCUACUCGACGACCUCAAACUCGGCCCCAACGAGAGCCCACUGACCAAGAAGCUCAACAGGUUUGCUGUCAACCUCGAGCGGCUGGCGGUGCUGGACAAGCUGAGCGUAAUCCCGGGAUUUAACUGCCACGAGGCGAUUGCGAAUAUAUACGGCUGUCUCGAGCGCUUGCACCAGUGGGAUAUGUCCAAGCUGCGCGCCGAUCCAGCCAUGGCCGGCCGCGGCGAGGAGCGCCUCCUGACGACGGCGCUCUGCUCCCGCAAUGGUCAGCCCGGCAUGCACAAACGCGGUAAAGUUGGCCUCACGCUGGACUAUUGGAGGGAGCAGCACCUCGUCCCCCCGCCCGCCAGCGACAGCACUGAGCUGCGCGAAAACACGGAGGCGACGGAGCGAGCAUGGAGUAUAUGGGUUGGCUGUGCGCCACUCAUCGCCAUGGGCUAUCAGCCAGCACGCAUUUCGGAUGCGUGGCUCUCGCCGGCGAUCGAGAAGCAUGCGUCAAUGGUCGGCGAGGAUCACCUCCUGAUGACGGCGAACCAACUAUUUGACUGGCAGGACCCGCCCAACACUGUGAUUCCGGGCGAGGGAGGAGACCAACAGCAACAAAAGACUGACGGGAUGGACGUGGAUAACUCGGGACGGCUACCAGCGGUAGUCUUCUCGGCCGAGUUUGACCCGCCUGUGGUCAUGACACUACAGGACUGGGAGCACAUACAGCAAAUCGCACAGGCGCCACUGAGCGAGUUCCUGCAUUCGACUUAUGACAGUCUCAUGUUCCCCGUGCCGGAAAACAGCCAACACGACCCGACAGAGCCACGCAGCAUAACGCGCCUAAAAGAGGUUGCCGUAUAUCCCCCACUACCGAGAGGUGUCACGGGUGCGACGGCGGCGGCGGAGCCAACAAAGGCGCUGCACAGAAACUCGCUCUUUAUCUACAAGCCCGUGUACGGCCGGACGCUAUCAUCUGUACCGUUCUCGCACCCAAGUCAGCUGGUCGAGAUGCUACCGCGCCUGAGGCAGUAUGCGUUCCUAUCCACGCUGCUUGAGAGGAGCUUCGGUCCCGUCGGAGCGGCAUCGGCAGCGCCGGCAGGCGACGGCGAUACCGAGAGCGGCGCAGCAGCACCCACAGCAACAGGGCUCCAUGGGUCAGCGUCGGGGAGGAUGGCAGGCUUGAAUGCCACGGCGGGUGCGCCUAGACAGAUGACACAAACGCAAAAUCUUGCUACGACAACUACCAGGGCCGACUUUGCGGCGUUUUUGGCGGGCCCCAAGGACCCAGUGGCAGCGCCAGCAGCAGCGGGCAUUGAUCAGCAUGAUAGCGACAAGGUACAAGGGCAGCACGGUUCUACAGAUGGAGCGAUCUCUGGAGGCGAUGCUUCAGGAGGAGGAGGAGGAGGAGGAGGAGGGGGAGCAGCAGGCCCUGCGCUACCUAUCGAUGUCACGCUCACGGUGCACCCGGUGCCUCGGCUGCAAGUCGUGUUCCCUUUCCGUGGGGCGACGGCCACGGUCGUACUAGACGUGCAGCUCAACGGCAUGGUGCACGUCGUCUCGGAGAACGUGCUGCCCAUGCCAGGGAAGGGACUGGAGCGGGAAGGCGGCGGCAGGCAGAUGCAACCCCAGGAUCUAGGGCAGGUGCUACAGGUGUGCGAGGACAUCGAUCAGUGGUGCGAGUGGAUCCGGAGCAGGCUAGAAUAGGGAAUUGCGAAGAAAAGACAGAACACGUCCCAGAACGGGAUGCUAGCAGCAUGUUACUAUUUACUGGGCCGUAGCAUUCGGCUGAAGUCGACAAACAGGGGAGGUGGUUGUCAUGUUUCUGCUGGGGGACCAUGAGCGGGACGAGAUGUCAGGACAGGUGACCCUCAGGUCCGAGACCCUGGACAUGGCCUCUCCUUGUUGUUGCUGUUUUGGUUCUCUUUUGUUUUUGUUUUUCAGACACUUUCUUUAUCCCAGUUCCCGUCUUGGCCGACCCGCGUGCCAUCCAUCGGGCAUCACCACAGGGGGCUCAAUUAUACCCUAGGGUUCACAAACAAGGAACUGCCUGGUCAGGCCGUGUCGAUUAUCCCGACUCGAUAAUGCUGAGCCCUGGUGGGUGUGGGGAGGGGACGCGCAUGAAUUCGUCAUUUCUCGCGGGAAGCAAGGCAAAAAAGACCCUUACGGGAAAUACGUGGGGGGGGG